GGCGGAGCGAGCGCGCGCCGGGGACCCUCCCUGCGCGGAGCGGAGCGGGCAGCCGGGCGGGCCGAGGCCGCCCCGCAGGAAUCCAGCAUGUUGGUAGCUUGCCUGUCAUCCGGAUGGCGAAUCGGGCACCUGCACCGGACCAAUGUGGUGGCAGAGGCCUGUCCUUUCCCUCUCUCUGGCUUGGCUUGAGCUGGGAAGCCCUGUCACCCAGAACCUGUGAGAAGUUCCAGGCUCUGCCAGGCUUUGUGUGACGCUUCAGAGAUGCCCCUCCUGGUGGGAGAGAUGAUGAAGCUGCUCUGCUCCAUCUCCGAGAAGAGGAAGAUGAAGGCGGCCGUGAAGCACUCUGGCAGGGGCGCCCUGGUCACGGGGGCUGUGGCCUUUGUUGGCGGUUUGGUCGGUGGCCCACCGGGACUGGCUGUGGGGGGCGCUGUCGGGGGCCUAUUAGGGGCCUGGAUGACCAGUGGACAGUUUAAGCCAAUUCCUCAGAUCCUAAUGGAGCUGCCGCCGUCCGAGCAGCAGAAGCUCUUUCACGAGGCCUCGGCCAUCGUCAGGCACCUAGACUGGACCGACGCGGUGCAGCUGACCACGCUGGUCAUGGGCAGUGAGAUGCUGCAGCAGCAGCUGCUGGCGAUGCUGGUGAACUACGUCAGCAAGGAGCUCCAGGCCGAGAUUCAGUACGAUGACUAGGGCUGCUCCUCCCGGGACCGUGGGGCUCUCCGGGCGCAGAGAGAGGUGCCUGGGCGUGAGGGAAAUCUCGCAUCCUCGGAGUCAGACUGGAAAUGUGAAUACAGUCGCCUGCUAAAGGGGCUGCUGCCGUGCUGAAUCAGGCUUGGGAAUGAUCCUGGAGAUGCGUUUGCUGUGGCCUCUGCACCCUGGCGGACGGCUGUCGCUGUGCCUCGGUUGUGUGAAUCUACGCCCCUCAAAUAGGAGACAGAGAAGGUCGCCGGGAGAAUAACCUGACAGGUCUGGACUGCACCAGAGGCUUCCCAUGCAGGGCCAGAAGUCUUCGGACCUCGGAGCAAUCCAGGCUGGAGUCAGCUCUGCCUCUGAGACAGGGCACCCUCCUGGCUCGGAGACCCCCAGCUGGCCUCAGGGAGGGGGCCAUCACCUUCUCCCACCCUGCAGGCCUGGGCGCGUCCUCUCUCCCUCUGCAGGUGUGGCGCUUGCUUUUAAAUCUAGAACAUUCAGUGGUAGGCAGGAUCGGAAACACUAAGAAAUGUCCCCACCCUAAAAUUUCCCCAAGAAAAUUAUCCAGUUGCUUUUUGGAAUCACAUCUUGCUCCUUAUGUCAUCAAAUUAUAAUAAACCUUUAUUUUUUUUUCUGAA